CAAUUCGACUCCGGCGUCGACGAAUUUAUGAUUUGAAGAUUCGGACAAACCCAACGACAGUAAAAGCGCGUCAUGUAGGUGCACACAAUUUUAUUUUUGCACCAGUAUAAUUAAUAACUAAAAUAUUUUUAGUUCAGAAAACUUUUUGUAGGCACGGUGGACAUAACUUUCUCUUUUGCUCAUCCUGUUCUUGUCUGCCUGCCGACGUUUCCGAAUCUCACGUUGCGAGUGCCGAUUCGUCGCACAUUGCACGCCAGAUCACAUCGGAUCCCACUGGCUCCGCCUAUUUCAGUCGAGUGGGCAAUUGCCGUGAAGCUCCCAGACAGCAUCUUGUGAAUGGAAAACUUUUGCGAUCCAAAGCCGGAAGGUGCCCUUACCUGCCCCUUUUCUGUCGCUGUGUUAAUAAGCAAUUCAGAAUAGAGGACGGUGAGAGCGAGCAGAGAAGCAAAGGCCGUCGUCCUCACUCGGUUGACAUCGGAGGUGGAGCUACAGCUUGAAAUAAGGAGGUCGGACGGAGAUGAGAGACGGCAGAGAUCCCUUCAGACCGCCAGCAACCGGUGGUGGCGAAAACAAGAAGGCGGUGAUGGCCGGGAGAGGCGUCAUAAUAAGGGCAGCCUUCUUCCUCUUCCUCUUCCUCUUCCUCUUCCUCUUCUUCUCCCCAAGACCUUGCUUCUGUUUAUCAGCAGGGCCUGCUGCUGGCCCUUCAUCAUUCUCCGCAGGUGGAGGAGCAGUUGAUCAGAUCGGCCAAUUAAGGGCACAUCAUACUGCAAUUAAGAGGCAAGUUAUUAGUGGAGGUGAACCUGGAGUUUCAAGAAGAAGUAGUUCCACCAGUGGUAGAGGCACAUCGGCCAGGGGCCGUGGCGGUGGACAACGGCCCCAUGGUACUUCGCUAGUUCCUGGUCUCUACGGUGCUGCGGCAGGCGCCACCACCAGCACUGCCGCCAGAUCCGGCCAAGACAAAUCCCACAAGAGUUCCUCAGUCAGCAAUCACUCGGACCUUUUCUUGGCUGGUUGGGCAGCAUUUAGUUGUCUCUUGAUGUGGAAGUGAAUAGUAUAAUGGAGAUGAAUACAAUCUGUUGGGGAGGCCAAAGUAGUUGAGCAGGUCCAGGUUUCCGUCUUCAUAGUUGUCUAUGUUGUAAAAAAAGAAACAUAUGAGAGAAAGUUAUAACACAUAUGUACAUGCCCUUAUGCAUCAUAUCAUGUAUGCCCUUAUGCCACUCAAGCCAAUAACAUACUAGCAAUUGUCCCUCCAAACUCCUUGGGCUCGACGCUACUAUAGAGAGGGGCUUAUAGAAAAGGAGUUGUUACGUGAUUGGUUGUCUUAGUUUUUAAGUUUUUAACUAAAACUGCUAAGGAAUGGAUUGUAAUCUGUCGCCACAUCGUUACAAUUAUGUG